AGAGUUGUAAAGAUUAUCGUCAUUUCACCAUAACGAUUCCGAUGAAAACGAGAGCGUAUCAAAACAAAUCCCGCGGUUAGUAGCAGUUUGUUUAUUUAAUUCCAUACAUAUCGUGGGCUACAUUGCUAAUUAGUUAUUUCAUUAAAAUCAUUCAAGUUUGUAGUGCUAUACAGUGCAGUUGCUAAAAAAUAAAAAAUCACUUUGUUUUUCAACACGAUUUAAAACGAGAUUAAAAUUUUAUUAACCUUACGGCAAUUCUUGGUUUGACCUUUAAGGAACAAAAUUAUCAAACUCGACGGUUUAACAUCGUCUUUUGGAAGCAGAUAAUGAGGCAUUUCUCUUAUUUUUGUAUUGGUGUAUUCCUAUGCAUUGUAAGGCUUACGAAAACACAUUAUACUCAACAAUGGGCUGUGCAUAUCGAAGGUGGAUCCGACGUAGCUGACGCGGUAGCUAGAGAUCACGGUUUCGUUAAUCAUGGAUUGAUAUUCAAAGAUCAUUAUCAUUUUUCCCAUAAUGGCGUAGCUAAGAGGUCGUUAAAUCCUAGUGUAGAAACAAAAAUUAAACUUGCAGUAGAUACUAGAGUUAGUUGGGCUCAACAACAAACAGCUAAAAGGAGAGUUAAAAGAGACUUUAAAGUUCAAGACAGUGAUCCAAAAUGGCCGUUCAUGUGGUAUCUGAAUCGAGGAGGAGGUUUAGAUAUGAAUGUAAUACCAGCUUGGAUGGAAGGUAUUACGGGGAAAGGCGCCGUAGUAACUAUUUUAGAUGAUGGUUUGGAGAAGGAUCACCCGGAUCUUCUUCAGAAUUAUGACCCGAUGGCAUCUUAUGAUGUAAACGGGCAAGAUUCAGAUCCAAGUCCUCGUUACGAUAUGAUAGAUUCCAACAGGCAUGGAACUAGGUGCGCAGGCGAAGUCGCUGCGACAAGUAACAACUCUGUAUGUGCUUUGGGAGUAGCACAUGGGGCCCAAGUAGGGGGAGUGAGGAUGUUGGAUGGUGAAGUAACGGAUGCCGUUGAAGCAAGAUCUCUUAGUUUGAAUCCACAUCAUAUCGAUAUAUACAGUGCUUCUUGGGGACCUGACGAUGACGGAAAAACUGUUGACGGACCUGGAGAAUUAGCUACAAGAGCUUUUAUUGAAGGAGUUACAAAGGGACGAAAUGGGAAAGGUUCCAUCUUCAUUUGGGCUUCUGGUAAUGGUGGUAGAGAUCAUGAUAAUUGCAAUUGUGAUGGUUAUACUAACUCCAUAUACAGUUUGUCAAUUUCAAGCGUUACAGAAAACGGUCAUGUUCCUUGGUAUAGUGAAGCCUGUAGCUCAACUCUUGCUUCAACUUAUAGUAGCGGAGCUUUAGGUGAAAAGCAAGUAGUAACUACAGAUCUGAGGCAUUCUUGUACUAGCAGCCAUACCGGCACUAGCGCUUCUGCACCAUUAGCAGCUGGAAUAUGUGCUUUGGCAUUAGAAGCAAAUCCAAAUUUAACUUGGAGAGACAUGCAACAUAUUGUAGUAAGAACAGCUCGGCCUCAAAAUCUUAUCGCUACUGAUUGGAGAGUGAACGGAGUUGGCAGGCACGUGUCUCAUAGUUUCGGUUACGGUUUGAUGGAUGCUUAUGCGAUGGUACAAAUGGCUAGAAACUGGACAACAGUUCCCGAACAACAUAAAUGCGAAGUAACUUCCUCGCAGGUUCCAAAAAUGAUACCAGCUAGAAGUAUGGUGGUGCUUCAACUUCAAGUGAAUGAAUGUGCUGGUGUUGAGGUUCUCGAACACGUCCAAGCAAAAUUAACAAUUGAUUCGCAACGAAGGGGUGAUUUAAAUAUCCAUUUAACAUCACCUGCUGGUACAAAAGUUGAUUUGUUAGCUCACAGACCUCAUGAUAAUUCCAGAGCAGGAUUCAGCGAGUGGCCUUUCAUGUCAGUGCACUCUUGGGGUGAAUCACCUCUCGGUUCCUGGCAACUCGAGAUACAUAAUGAUGGAAGGAUGCUGGGUAAAGUCCAUUAUUGGCAGCUAACACUUUAUGGAACUGAAACUGCUCCUUUGGCUGAUAAUAUUCCAUCAAAGGAAGGCUCAAACACAAUCCCCGAUAAGGUGAACGAAGAGGUACUUUUUAAUACAAUUUAUGAUUCUGCGUCCAACUGGGAAAGUGGAGCCGAGAACCGAAAGGAUGUUUUAGAAGUCGAAGAAAAAGAAACGUCCGGUUGUUCCAAAUCAAAAGGAAAUUUAUGUUUAGAUUGCUUUCAAAAUUUCAUUCUAUAUAAAGGAUUUUGCAUAAAACUAUGCCCAAGAAAAUUCUACAACAACCUUUUAGAGUUGGAUACUCCUGAACAAAUAAAAUCACUGUUAAAGAACCAAACUUGCUCUCCGUGCCAUUACACCUGUCUCUCCUGUAAAGGCUCUUUAGAUUCUGAUUGUACUGAAUGUUAUAACGACGCAGAAAUCGUUAUACCCUCGACGACAGAAUCUUACUGUUAUCCCGUUGGAAUAGUUUCAGAAGUACUAUCUGAAAAAUGGUAUCAUCGUGUGUUUACUAUGAUGUACGUUUUAAUUAUCCUCGCUAUCAUACCUACCUUGCUCUACCUUUGGAUAAGAAAGAGAAGAAACGAUAAUAAGAAGAAAUUAAAUUACCUAAUAGCACAAAAUAUCGAAAGGGAGAACAUCAAGACAACUGCAUAUAGUGAUGACAGACCUUAGGAGUGAACAUUAACACACACAUCAAAUUGAUUGUGAUAAAUUAUAUUAAAUAGAUCAUGCUCAAUAAUUAUGAAAAAUCUCAAGAUGCAACAUAUCAAAUUAUUGAAAUAAAAACACAAAUAUAGUAUUUUUAACAAAAAUUCCGUUGCAGGUCAACAAUAUUUCCCAUUAAUUUUAUACAAUUAAGAAAAUUAUUUCUCCUAACAUAAAUAAAAUAAAACAUUCCUAUGCUUUUCUGACGAUUAGACAAUGUUGCUAUGUCGUGAAGAUAUAGUAACUGUAAGUUAAUUCGCCCACGCCAAACCAAUGUUGCAAAAAGUACCCCUUCAUUAUUUUGAGCCAUAAAUAUCGAUAAAUUUUAGGUUAUGUUUGUUUUUUGGUAUUUGAGCACUUUAAACAAAAAUUUUUCAAUUAAUUGACACUUAAAUUUAAGGUGGACAAAAAAGUUGUAAUCGUCCACAGGAUAUACAAUGAUUUCAACAAGUCAUCAAUUCAAUUUACUAACAAAUGCUGUAAAGUAAAUUAUCCAUGAGUCACAUAUUAUCAAAUUAUUUUUAUGAAUUGUAAUCCAUAUAACUGAGGGCCGCAUAAUCGCGUUUCUACUGUAUUUUAUAUAAUUACCGUACUUUAAGAAAAAUAAACAUCUACCAAAUCAAAUUAUAGUGCAAAAUAAGUGUUUUUCUUUGGGCAAAUUAGCUUCUCGUCUAUGUCCAUCAAAAGUGUGUAAACGUCGAUAUAGGCAACCAUUAAGUCACCUGAAAUUAAUUCUUGCUUUUAUAAGCAAAAUUUUUCUCUGUUAGAUUUAAUUAAUGAUAAGUUUAAAAAAAAAUAAUAUGCUUGCUUCACUGAUUCACUUUGUUUUUAUUAUAUUUCAUACAAGAAGAUCUUUCUCAAUAAUAUAAUAAAGGAUAUUUGAUUUUUAUAUUGUGGUUGGUUAUUUGAUAUGUUUGUUUUACUUUAUUCUUCAAAUUAUUUUUGAAACUUUCAACUUCUGGAUAUCAUAUGAUAGAUUUUACUGCAUCUUUUUUUUAAUAUACGAGAGGUUGGUUCACUAGUUUAUUUUUUAUAUUAAUUUCAUCACUACUAUUACCAGUUUAUUUUUCAAGUGUUUGAUUGGUUGCCUAUUAGAAAUAUAGCAUCUUUUGAAUGAACUGACUAUAUCCAUAAAAAUAUUCACGACUGGCAGGGUUAGAGUGAUAAUAAAUUGAAUUCUAGUGCCUUUAUUUACAAAUAUAAACAGGAAUUUUACUGGUUUUGUAUUAUUAGUAUAGAAUUUUCUUAUUCUUAAACCUAAUAUUUUUUGAUGUUCCCUACACUGAAUUGAAUAUAAAUUUCUUGUUUAAAAAUUAUGUAUGGCAAGUUUUUUUUAAAAAACUAGUUGUUAGGUAAGAGCAGGAUCUGUGAUUUUAUGCCAAAAUAUAUUUUUAAACUACAUUUCCUUAGAAAUAAUUUUAAUUUAAAUAUGUUUUACUUCUACGGAAACUGCUCUUGAAAUUAAAUUUUAUAUAUUUAAUUUUUUUAUAUUUAACGACUGAACAACAGGGCAUGCGUUUUAAUUAUAGUUUUUUCAUUAUUAAUGUACAAUUUUUCUACCCCUACAUAUUUUACUAUCACCACAACACAUAUUUGGGCGAUUUGCAAGGAUUCAAGAGUCAAGACAUGUACAGUUACUAUAAAAAAUUCGAUACUUUAUAUUUUUGGACACAUUUUUAGAUAAAUAAUUUUUUAUAAUCAAUUCCGCACUUGUUUUUCGCUAGGUGCCAUACAUAUAAACAUAAUCAAAAUUAUGUUGGGAUACCGAACAUUUAUAUUGAUUCCAACACUGUGUAUUCUGUACUUAUUUAUAAAACUUCCACAUUCCCAAAUAAAAUUCUAUUGUACUCAAUACCUGUGCAUGGUGAUUUUCUUCUACUUUAAAAGUUGUUAUUAUAUACAGUGAUAUUCAAAAAUCUACUCUUUAUUGUGUAACAAUUAUACAUAAACAUAUUUGGGAACUGAAUAUUACGAGUUAUGACCUCCCCUACUAGUAAUGAUACUAAUCUUGUUUUUGUUUAUUCAUACUGUAAUAAUUUUUUAAAGUGAGUUCCAUUUACUUUCUUACAGUGUAGUAUCCUAUUCUGGAACUCUUGUAGUUUUUUUCAAAUGUAUCCAUGGAAACAGCCCUAUAACAAUACGUUUAAAACAUCAAUAUUAUUAGGUUUAAUUUCAUGAACCUUCGAUAUGAGACACCCCAAAGACAGAUGAUUGAGCUGGUCAUUCCAUGAAACCUCGUUCUCCAAUCCUUCUAUCAAACUAUCCCUCAUAUGAAGACAUUACUACUGCAACUUAUGGUGUGGAAUAGCACUAUCCUGUUGGAAUAUUAUUUCCAGCUUAUCGAAAGCUUAAGGUUCCAUGGUUCUCGUACAUUUUGCAUACUCUCCAGAUGAAUGUCACCAAAUAAUUUAGUAUUUAAAAAAUCAGGAACCUGUCCCAACAUUGACCUUCUCAGAAAACUUAGUAUGUGAGGAUUUGAAUCACUUCCAUAUCUCACAUUCUUUGCAUUUACGUAUCCAUUUAGAUAAAAAUUACUGUCACUAAAACAAAUUGUUUUUAUUGGUUGAUUUUCGUGUCUAUAUUUUCACAAAAUUACAAUUACAACUUUAGUACUUGAAGGAGGAUGUUACUUCUGUUAGUAUACCGAUAAAAAAUUUAUUAUUUCACAAGUAUCCAUAGGCAAAGCUUCAAUUUUAAUAUCAACUGAUUACAUUGAUCAUAACAUUGCAUUUUAUAAAAUUCAAUUAUCAAAAUUACCUUAAACAGAAACAGUAUUAGUAUAAUUCAAUUCAAUAACUUUGAAAAAAAGGGGUCACCUGUUAUAAUAUUCCAUUUAAAAUUAUUAUUCUCAAUAAAAUUGUGACAAAUACAUCAUCUAUUAUCAAUAAUACUACCCUUAAUAUUCAGUUUCCAUAUUUAGUUAGUGAUAGAUAAGUGGAGGAGGUGACAUUUGAAUAACACUGUAUACAAAUUUUUAGUUGCUGCUGUACCCUGUGUAACAUCUUUGAACACCGUGCACGUUAUUUUACUUUUAUUAGACCAGUUUUUUUAUGUUUUUAGUUGGUUUUUUUCUACAUAAUAAAUCGAUGGCUACAAAAAUGUUUUUUAUAGAAAAAUUUGUUUCUAUGGUCCAUUGAGAUGGCUACAAAUGCUGAACAACAUAAAUAUAAUUAUAUUUUUUCUUAUUUUGAGCCGCAAAUUCUAUUUUGAAAAUAAAAAACGUUCUGGAAUUACUGGUCUACGUGAGUAAUGAAGGUUAUAUGUGAAAUAUUAAUAUAUUUUUAAAAUCACUUAAUCAAGUUAUAGUAAUAUUACUAGUUUUAAUUAUAGUGCCUCAAUAUUAUUGUUAUCAAAACUAUCUUAACUGUUCGCAAUAAAUAAAUUUAAAUUAAUGAAA